CAGCGGGAGUGCUGGAGACCUGCCCGCUCUCUCCCUCACGGAGAGCUAGCCGGGGGUGAGAAGAUGAGGCUUGAGGGGAAGAACGCGGCAGUCGUGGCGCCCAAUGUGAGACUCGAGAAGACCACCGAACCCCAUGGUUGAGGACUCUAGAUCUCACUGGAGAUCUUUGGAUUACCUCCUGGCCGUCACGACAUCCCAGCUGUAGCAGGCUCGCGUUUUAGUGAGCGGCGCUCCUGGGGGCGGGACUAGCAGCUCCGGCAGGCACCAUCGGAGUUGGUCCCCCUGCGGUGUCCCAGCGACCAGACGUUUUUCGUUUCCCUGAAGGAUGUGGAUCCCUGGGAACCGUAAGUGUGUGAGGAUCCCUGGAGCUUUUCCUUUUCCCUCUCUCAGAAGGGUUUUCCCUAUCCUCUUUGGUUUUGGGGGGGGGGAAUGCUCCUUCUUGGGUGGGCUUUCUUUUCCUGGUGGACUUCGUUUCCUGCAAGGGGAAAGACCCCACAUUUGUGUGCUCCCUUUCCCGGGGUGCAGGGAGCAGGAGAGUAGGAGGGUUAAGCAGUCUCGAGGGGUCUUCUUGGUUUUGUUUGCAUUUUCUGGUUGUUGGGUGGGCGACACAAUUUAAGAUCUCGGCAGCAUGGGUGCUAGGCUGUCUGUGUCGCAAAGAGAAUUUAUAUCCAAGUUGUGGGAAUCCUUGUUAGGGGUGAUAAAAAGUUUAAAAAAUCUGAUGUUAAGCGGUUUGUUCGUUGGCUGUCUCAAACCUUCCCUGAUGUUUCGGUUGAAAAAUUAUACUAGAUCCCCUUUUGGGAUCAAGUAGGGAGAGAGAUUCUCCAUAACAGGGAUCCCUCUCUCUCUGCUCACUUGUAUUUGGCUCUCCAAAUUCGUAGCAUUGUUAAGAGUACUUAUGAACAGUUGACACAGCCAUCUGGAGACAAACCUGCCCCCAGUUGUAAAAACCUUAUCCCUCAUUCCUCCCCUUCUUCCCCUAACUCGGAGCCGCUCGGACAGGCAUCCCGGCGCCAUCCGCAGGAAGAUUCUGGCCUCUCUGGGGAGUUUCGAGACCCUUUGCAAGACAGUGCGGGCACUGUGCAGCCUCAUCCCUGUACCCCUUCUUCCCUACCGUGUACAGCCCCAUCCCGUAGGAGUUCUAUAAGUGUUAAGCCCCCCGAUGAUAUCCCUAAUGUCUUCCCUCACAUCCCACAAAAUGGCUUCCCUUCCCGCCAAACCCCACAAGAUGGCAGAGGCCGCAUGGCUUUUCCCACCACUUGUGCUCCCUCUUCCCAUAACCCCUUUCCCUUUCCCGCCUCCUCCCAAAACCCCUUCCUCCAUACGCCCAACCCCUUCCUUUCCCAAGACCGCCCACAAGAUCUUUCCACCCCCUCUCUCCCUCCGCCCACCUCAAACACCUCCUCCCAUGCGGUCACGCCCCCUGACAUCACCUCAGUGCCACCCCCUGGCAUUUGCCCCGCCUCUUCUGUCACCGCCCCCGAUUCCCAUGACCUCACCUCCAUCUAUGCAGAGUGGGGGAUUGGGAAUCCGCCACAAAGCAGGCGGAAAAGAUUCCUAAGGAAGCUCUAACAGCGAGCUCAAAGGCAGCAGAAAGGGCCUUUUUCAAGCUAAGGCUAGCGGGCCCAGUCACUAACUACUUAUCCAUCAAGCAGGACCCAGCAGAAACAUUCGUUAGCUUCAUGGACAGGCUGUGCAGCGCCAUCGAGUCCCAGGUUCCAGACGAGGGGCUGAGGAGGGGAAUCACCACGAGGUCGCCAGGCAAAACGCGAAUGAGGUGUGCAAGCAGGCGAUCCUGAGUCUACCCCUCAAUCCGGAACCCACUCUUCAGAACAUGCUCGAUGUGUGCGCGCGCAAGGUCGUCACGCCAGCCAGAGACGUCCCCAGGACUCUCCGAAUGGCAUCGAGGAGAGUCUCGUUCGCCAAAGCGGUCACUCCAUUGACAACCCCUGGUCCGAACGGCGUUUUCCUGGACCACCAAGAAGAGACAACACCCACGAGAGGCCUUGUCACCUUUGCAAACAGAGGGGACACUGGGCAAACCAAUGCUCUCUAUGGGGGUAAUUCAUGAAGUUUAAAAAUCAACAAGGGCAGAGGGCCCCCAGACAAGGGGGGAAGCAAAAAAACUAGAGGAACAGCGCAGUCCCUCCCUGUGCGACGACAUAAGUAAGGUGGGACAAGCUACAUCUGAGGAGGGGAGGGACACGCCAAAAUGCCCACCUGAGGAACUUUAUACUGGACUUGACACAAAACCAGACAUGACACCGAAGGGAACAAGGGCGAAAGACCUAAUCUAUAUGGAUGAAGACGUUAGCUUCAUCUCCAAAGCUUGGCUUGGCCGAGACCCGGACCAGCCAAAGCCGAUUUUAAAUACUAAAUCUAAUUUCUCUCCAUAUAGGUUGGCCCUGACUGAGGCAUUGCACUUGAAGGACACCAAUUGGCAUUUCGUAACCAUCAAUACAGAGGACCCCGGAACCUGGAGGAAACUCCACAUUGUAUUUCAGACCAUCCCCCAUGCAAAGCCAGCUCGAGAGAAGAAACCUCAGGAUGAACCUCAUCCUCAUCAUCUUCGCAGUUACCAUCUACCGACCCCUGGAAGCGUGGAUCAUCCCUCAGCCCCCCACCAACGUUUGGGUUACUUUAGCUAAAGCCCUAAAUCAAGACCACUUGUGUUUGUCCACCUCUUCUGCUGCAAACCCAUUCCUGUCCUGCCUUGUGGGGAUCCCCUACCCCCUCGACCACCUUCCGUUCAAUUUCCCUAAUACUGUUCCCACCCCUAGAAACCGGUCCACAAAAUUUCAAAGUGUCCAGCUUAAAGUUCCACAUGAGUGGAGAGUGUGGUACCAGUCCCUUCCUGUCCUUAAUGAGGAGCCCCAAGCAAUUUCCCUUUUAGGUUCCGCUUUGGCUUAUACUUGUGUUCAGUUUUUCAUUACCACUGAAUCCCACCCCAUCGUUAAGUCCAGGUCCUAUUUUGAAAUAAAACAAACCAUGAAAGAGUAUACCACCAGGGAGUGGUGCCUCAAAGUAAUUCAAAUCGAUGCAUCUACCAACUAUGAUGAACAACCUCGUAAAUUACCAAAGGGCACCUUCUUCCUGUGCGGCAAUAGGGCCUGGGCAGGCAUCCCAUCUCGUCUUCUCGGAGGACCGUGCACAUUCGGGCAGCUGACGCUGUUUACCCCCAACAAAACGCAAAUUGCACAUUGGCAGGAAGUAAAUUCAACAGGUAAUUUGGCCAGAUCUAAAAGAGACACCAACUUUAAAAAUUUGGAUGAGGAUUGUAACAACGAAAUUUUCCAUUGGAAUCAGACCAAGAGCGUGCUCAUCACCACAUUUAUUCCCUGGUGGUCGAUAGCACAGAGUUUGAACGAGCUCAAGGGUCUUGAGGUUGGGUAGCGAAACAAGUGAACAUUACUUCAGCUGCUUUAUCAGGACUUCUAGAAGACGAGAAAGUUACAAGGCAGGCUACCAUACAAAAUCAUGCAGCCAUUGAUUUCCUUUUGUUGCUUCAUAGUCAUAGGUGUGAAGAGUUCGCAGGUUUGUGUUGUUUCAAUUUAAGUUCAAAGGCUGAGGACGUCUGCACUUCCAUCGCGAAGAUGAAAGAAAUGAUCAAUCACAUAAAACAAGAACCAAGUGACUGGUUGGGGUCGGUUUUCAGCGGAUGGGGACUCUCAAACCUUGGCCAAUCAGUUCUGAAGUUUGCCCUCAUACUUUUGUUCACCCUCAUGGUUUUUGUCAUUGGUUUCAGUAUAAUUAAAAGGUUGGUUUUGGACCACCUCAAUGCUGCCAUCAGCUCCACACCUAAAGUAUGCCAUGCAGAAAUGACACUGCUCACUACCACCGAAGAUCAAGAGGAGCCAAGAGAAGUGUGGUUCAAUGAGAAUGAACUGAACUCUGACUCCCGGUUUAAGUUCUCCCCGUUUCAUUUGUUUUAAACAAAAAAGGGGGAGAUGUAGAGUUGUGUUAUUUUGCGUUCUAUUUAAGUUAUUGCGUUUAUUCGAUGUACGCGGUCGGUUCUAUGUUCAGUUGGUUUGUUCCAUGUACCCCCGGUUUUUCAGUUGGUUCCAUCCCCAGGUUUCCCGCCUUCCUUCCCCUGUCAAUCCUCCCCAAAAGUGCAAAGUCAUUCCCCUGUCCCCUCCCUGGAUCCCUGUCCGUCACCUGGUGUCCCUGCCCUUCCAUCCAGAAUCUUCUACCCAGGGCGUCGGGUGAUUGGGCCAGGUCCCGGGGCCCCUCCCAUAUCCCUUUCCUAUUGGCCCUUCCCCAAGAGCGAGCCACACCCCAAAGAUUCCCAUUGGUCCCAGUUUUCCCCGCCCCCGGCAGUAUAAAAUCCCUUGUCACCCGGUUCCAAGUGCCUUCUCUGGCAGGCACCAACCUUGUUAGUUGGAUCCUUGUCAGCGAGUUGUCCCCGUUGGGACUAAUAAAGAGGAUUUUGGCCCCCAAA